CCACAGCCCAUUUCCGGGAGCAGCUCAGAGCGCAGAAAGGGGGGAGUGGGUGCUGGGGUACGGUUGCCAUGGUAGUGGGGUUGUGCGGGGAGUUCCGAUCCAGGCCCAGGUGUGUGCAGAGGCCUGAGGCAGGUAUAGAGAAGAAAGGGUCUGGGGUCGUGGGGGCAGACCCAGACAGGCCAGGGGGCACACGGGCUGGUCCAGGCGACAGGCAUGCCAGGUGAAGGGUUCGGCUUCUGCCAAGGCCUGGGCCCAGGCUGGAGGGCCACCCACGAGCCCAAGACUGCCUCUUGGCACAUUGUGAGGGAGUGCCCCGGCAUCAUUGUGACCCGCUUGCCCCCAGGAGCCCCUGGGGCAGGCAUGCAGGCUGGUGGCUACUGUGGGCACAGUGGGCUGGGGGCCUAGGGGCCCCGGUGGCCCUAGGGACCCCCAUGGCCAUGGCUGAGCGGCCACGGCCCGGGUGGGCGUCGUAUCACAGCUCCAACAGCAACAACUGUCAGGACCUGGGCAACUCCAUCCUGUUGCUACUGGGUCUCGUCAUCUGCAUUAACAUUAGCAUCAACAUGGUGACGCUGCUCUGGCGAAGACUCCGUGGCUUCUUACACCAAGUGUUCCAUAUUGUUUAUGAGAAAGAAGCUUCUAAGCCAUCCUCCCCAGGGAAGCCGCCCCAGCCUCCGAAGCAGAGCGCCCCUGCAGUCCACCUCCGAUGUACCAUGGACCCUGUGAAAAUGACCGUGACCCCCCCGCCCAGUCGCCGCCACCGCCACCGCCGCUCUUCAGGCCGCCGUACCCACCGCCCGGCAGCCUGGGUCCCCGACACGGACGACGAGGAGAAGCCCCCACACCAGCACCCAGCAGUCUGCUCCCACCACUGGGAUCAGCCCGCAGACUGGCAGGGCUUUCAGUCCACGCAGGGGUUCUGGGCUCCCUGGCCCCAGGAUGCCGCGGAGCCCCCUCCCCAGACCAUUCGCUUCCAGCAGGCCGUGGAAGGCGGGCCACUCAAAGCGGAGAUGCGCUCAGAGCUAGGCCUUGAGGCGUACGUGUACCCGGUGAACCCCCCGCCCCCCAGCCCACAGGCCCUGAGCCACAGGAACAGCGGGGUGGGGCCAGGGGCCCAGGCUGAGCCGGAGCCCUGUGCCCCUGCCCCUGUGGCCCCACCGCCAGUCCUGGGCCCUGCCCACGUCCCCGACAUCCCCCGGUGCCGCUCCUCGGGCCGCGUAGUAUAUGACGCCCGAGACGUGCGGCGGCGGCUCCGGGAGCUGACCCGUGAGGUGGAGGCCCUGUCCCACUGCUACCCCCUGGGCUCCCCGUCCAGCAACGCCGUGGAGGGGACAAACAAGGGCUGGGUAUACCGUUCUGUGACAGAGGGGUGACUGGGACAAAAAUAAAAGGAAAAGAGGA